GGAUAAUAUUUAUUCUUAUAUUAGUAUAAAUAUGUGUCCUUUUUAUCGUACUUGUUCCAUAUAAAGAUUCCUAUUAUAAUGACAAGAAAGAAACACAAGAAUUUCAUGUUUAGUUGGCAGACACAAAAUCUAGGGAUAUCUUGUCACUAGUUCUUAUUCUUAUGAUGAUAUGAAUUCUUAUUCUUAUUUAUGUGGUUGUAUGUAUUAUUAGGACAAUCUGUUUGGAAUGACAGAUUAUGCUGGCUGUACGUUGUUGAUUCUCAGUUUUUUCAUCUUUUAUAUACAGAGAUUAUAGUUCUUCCAAAUGUACUUCCUUUUAUGAUAACUAAAUAUGCACCAAUGGGUACCCAUCUUUGGGCUCUUACUAAUUUGAAGUUUUAAAGUAUCCCCUUGAAGUUCCUCCAGGGUAGCAGGUCUUGCUAUGGUAACUCUUCAUUCGUUAGUAGUGGACGAAUGCAGAAUCCAGUAAUUCGUCUAUCGCUUAUUUGUCUAUCCUUUAGUCAUUGGAAUAGUUAUUUUACAUUUCCCCACUUGUGCAUUAUAUUCAAGAGUUGGUACCAUAAGCUGGUUACUCCUACAGGCUUAUGUUCAACAAUUGGAAAGUAGUCGUUUGAAGUUGACGCAAUUGGAGCAAGAGCUUCAGCGAGCCAGGCAGCAGGGAAUCUUCAUAUCAAGUUCAGGUGAUCAAGCACAUUCAAUGAGCGGCAAUGGGGCCAUGCAAUUCGAUGUCGAAUAUGCAAGGUGGCUGGAAGAGCAGAAUCGACAAAUUAAUGAGCUUAGAGCUGCUGUAAAUUCUCAUGCAAGUGAUACAGAACUUCGAAUGAUUAUUGAUGGUAUAUUGGCGCAUUAUGAUGACAUAUUUCGGCUGAAGGGCGUUGCAGCUAAGGCUGAUGUCUUCCACCUGUUGUCUGGCAUGUGGAAAACCCCAGCUGAGAGGUGUUUUCUGUGGCUCGGUGGCUUUCGGUCAUCUGAACUCCUUAAGCUCCUGGUAAAUCAGUUGGAGCCUCUCACUGAGCAGCAGUUGGUGGGUAUUACCAACUUACAACAGUCUUCUCAACAGGCAGAGGAUGCAUUGUCUCAGGGCAUGGAAGCACUGCAACAAUCUCUUGCAGAGACUUUGUCCUCUGGAUCACUUGGCUCAUCCGGUUCAUCAGGGAAUGUCGCAAAUUACAUGGGUCAAAUGGCCAUGGCCAUGGGUAAGCUAGGGACACUCGAGGGGUUUAUUCGGCAGGCUGACAAUUUGCGCCAGCAGACAUUGCAACAAAUGCACCGCAUAUUGACUACUCGCCAAUCGGCUCGUGCUCUCCUUGCAAUACACGACUAUUUUUCAAGGCUGCGCGCUCUUAGUUCCCUCUGGCUCGCCCGCCCAAGAGAUUAAUAAUGUGGGUGGUAAAUACUAAAUAGUAUGUAAACUAAACUUUCUUGGUUCUGGCACCAUUUCUACUUGGUCACCAUAGGUUUGAACUAUUAACAAUUUUCUUGUGUUGUAGUUUUCAUGUUACUGAUGUUAGUGUUUGACUGAAUCACCCCAUUAUUUAGAAACUGAAUUGGUGACAAGUAGUAUGUAUUUUGGUCACUACUAAUAAUGUUUGUACAUUAUAAUAGCAGCUGUAAGGGGCUCAUGGUUGUUCACAGUUCAUACCCCCAAAAAAGAAAAUGUUGGGCUGUGAUAAAUUUGAAUGUUUGGCUCUGUUGCUGCAGUUUUCUGUCUUUCUGUAUUUGUGAUUGAUUUUGUACAUCUUUGUGGAUCUUAAGAAAAUGACCUUCACUCCUAAUUUAAUAAAUUCUUUAAUUCUUAA